AUGUCCUCCCCUCAAGACAAUACCAUGCAAGCAGACGCUGCCAAUGCUCUCGCUACCUUGCAGAAAGCCAACGAGGCUCCCAAGGAUAACUUUAUCAUCCCUCAACGAUUCACUAAGAGCGGAAGAAAGAAGGCUAUUCCAUUUCCAUUGAAGUUGAUGAAGGUUCUCUCCAACAAGGAAUUUGAAAACAUUAUCACAUGGAUGCCAAGCGGAAGGUCCUUUUCUAUUGUGGACUCCAAAGCAUUCGUUGCUGAUAUUCUCCCAGAGCACUUCAAGUCUGCCAAGUAUGCUUCCUUCACACGUAAGCUUCAUCGAUGGGGCUUCAUGCGUCACUACCGUGGAGAGGAAGCAGGUGCUUUUUACCACAACAUGUUCCGAAAGGACCGUCUUGAUAUGGUUGAGCAAAUGACUUGCCACAAGGAGCAACUUGCCUCGCAAGGAGCCAGCAAUAUCCCCAAGGUUGCUCAAGUUGCUCCGCGCCCUGUGAUGCAACAACAGCAGCAACAACCACAACAGCAACAGCAACCGAUGGUUCCUGCUCAGCUCGGAGAUGAAAUGAUGGCCAAAUUGCGCACGCAAUUGAGUAUUUCCGGCCUUCAAGCUCCUCCUCAAGUUGGUGCUGCUCAAAGAUUGAACGCAGCGAUUGAACUUGAGGUCCACCGCCGUAUCCAGGAACACAUUAAAGCCGCAGCCGUGUCGCGGCAAACAUUUGCAUUGGUCAACCAACUCCAACAGCAACAACAACAACACCAAGUUCCCCAAGCUCCUCUUGCCUAUGGCUUGCAAGCUCAUUUGCUCCAACAACAACAACUUGCCAUGAUGAACAAGGGCAUGCACAAACCUGUUGGCCUUGGCGACCGUUCUGCUCCUUCGGAAGUUUCCAUGGGAUUGGGACAGUUGCCAUCGGUUAAUGUUCCAUCUGCCAGAACUGCCUAA